UCCGAGAGGAUUAUCAGAGACAUUAGGGUUUCGUCGCGUCUGAAGGGGGGGAAAAACCAUGUCUUUAGUUCAAAGACAAGCUUCUACUUCGUGCGAGGAACCGGAGGCUAAGAGGAGGAGGACGGAGCCAGCGAUUAACUCGGACUUGUCUGGCUGUCGUCAUCGGUUUGUUCUUCACGGGAUCUGCAGCGGAUGCGGAUCUAAUGUCGAAAAACACGAAGGCCGAUCUUUCGAUUACUUGAUACAAGGGUUACAGUUGAGCCACGAGACUGUCCUGUUCAUCAAGGGGGUUAACUCUCGGCUAUGUUGUCUGGAAGAGAAGAAACUCCACCUGGUUCUUGACUUGGACCACACGCUACUCCAUACCCGCAGAGUUCCAAGGCUUUCCGAAGCAGAGAAGUAUCUGAUCGAAGAGGCGGAGACCAGGGAUGAUCUAUGGAGAAUCAGCGAGGACGAAUACUGCGACUUUCUGAUAAAGUUACGACCUUUUGUCCGGGAAUUCCUGCAAGAAGCCAACAGAUUGUUCUUGAUGUACGUCUACACAAAGGGCACCCACGGAUACGCCAAAAUCGUGAUGAACUUGCUUGAUCCGGACAAGAUCUACUUUGGGGAUCGUGUCAUCACCAGAAGAGACAGCCCAACUACGAAGACUCUCGAUCUUGUCCUGGCCGACGAACGUGACGUGGUUAUCGUGGACGACACGUUGAAAAUAUGGCCAGAUCACCCGAGAAACGUACUGGAGAUCAAGGGUUACCAUUACUACAGAGAAAGCGGCAAUGAUUUGGAUUCAAGAUCUCACGCAGAAGAGAAGAGUGAUGAGAGCGGGGAGGAAGGGCCACUGGCGAAUGUUCUGAAUUUCCUCAAGGGAGUCCAUGAACAGUUCUUCAGAGACGGGUACGAAGAAAGGAUCGAUUCGAGAGACGUGAGGCCGCUGUUACAUCCUUGAUCUUCCAAGAA